CAGCAGACCAAGAAGCAAUUGUUAGGACACCUCUGCUAUCGCUCACUUAGGCUGUUGUACAGUCUCAGAGGCAGACGAGAUUACGAAUGUCCGUGAUUACUGAGAAUGUUCAUACUGCCAGACAAUUACUAAUCUGGGGUUCACCUCUGUGCGACGGCUUGCAUUGCAUCAUCAAGACCCCUCCUUAGCAUUAUCAAUCAAUGAAUUGAACUCCUUUUCUCUUCCCCCAACUUAUAUGUGCCUCUGUUCCUCACUUGAUAUAUGUCUGGACCUUCUCAACGUCUAAUACUAACUAGCAACCAUUUACAAUCAACAAGUAUGGCAGCAGCAAGCAAUUUCUACAGCGUGGUCGCAGGUGUGGGAGCGGGAACUGGACGCUCUGUUGCUCUCAAAUUCGCAAAAGCCUACCCUGUUGCCCUUCUAGCCAGGAAUCCAGCAAACUACGAAUCUAUUGUUAAGGAGAUAAACCAGGCCGGAGGUCAUGCGAUUGGCAUUUCGACAGAUGUCUCCUCGCCAGAUGCCGUCAAGAAAGCUUUCGCAGAGAUAAAGAAGGAGUUUCAGGGCAAGAAGUUGGCGGCAGCAAUCUACAACGUUGGAGGUCGAUUUGUCAGGAAGCCAUUCUUGGAAAUGACUUUGGAGGAAUAUGAAGCUGGGUAUGAGAGCAAUGGAAGAGGUUUUUACCUCUUUGCCCAAGCUACCCUCCCUCUCCUGCUGGAGUCGGUUGAAACCUCCCCGCAUCCACCUUCCUUGAUUAUUACUGGUGCUACAGCGUCUCUGAGAGGAUCAGCAACUAUGUCUUCGUUCGCAAGCGGGAAGUUUGCUUUGAGAGCUACGGGACAGAGUCUGGCCAGAGAGUUCGGACCAAGGGGCAUUCACGUUGCACAUGCUAUCAUUGAUGGAGUUAUCGAUAUUCCGAGAACCCAUGACUGGCCUGUUAAUGGAGGAGUCCCCGAUGGCAAAAUCAGCAGUGAUGCUAUUGCUGAUUCGUAUUGGUAUUUGCACACACAACCCAGGUCACACUUCACACAGGAGCUGGACUGUAGACCAUACGUCGAGAAGUUCUAGAUGUAUUUCAUAUGAAUGACGAUGACCAAACUCGAGUCAAUGUCUGUAGGCUUUACAUAGUUCAAGUCAAUGCUCAAGGUCUGAACUAGCAGUUGCUACUCGUAGAAACCCCUCCGGUGGAUAGUUAACUGAUUAAAUGUGCCUCACAUCAAACUCUCAUCAUAAUAGACCAAGAUCUAGAGACAGUCUGCAGGCGAGGAAGAUCAAAACUCCGAAGAGGAAGUGAUUUUGUCUUCCAUCUGCGCUAUCUGUUUACCUCAUCAAUGUUGUGUAUCCGGCAAAGGAGAUUGACGCGGAGAUAAUAUAGCGCUGUAAGAUGAAAAAGAUAAAGAAACCACACCUACCCUUUUAAACAAGUAUCAGUUUCUCUGCAGGUUACUUGAGGAUGGCCCUCCCAAAGCAAGGUAUAGCAAGGCGCCACAAUCUGUCGUGAUGAACACGGCACUUUG